UACACCGGCCCACAGAUUUGGGCACCUGGUUUUGAGGUUCCCAAGGUUCUGGCACGCCCCUCGUAAGUGCGCAAAACCACACCGGCAGUGUAGACUACUUUUCUACCAUCUAGCCCUGUCUUAAGCUUAUAGCUGCCCUCAUUUCUACUUCCACGCUUAAUUCCCAGUGUUUUUUUUUUUUUUUCUUUGGGUUGGGCGUCGGUUUCUUGCGCUUGGUUUCUGUUCGAGGAGUUUUUUCUUGGACUGUGGAGAAGGCAAGCUUGGAGGGAAGGUAUAGAAGAGCAGCUCUCUAGUUCUCUGAGAUUUAUAAAAAUGGAUGGCUGUUGGUGGAAGCUUUCUGGUUUUGGAGCUGGAUCUUGCUUGAGUACCUUGAGGAAGGUAGCCUUUGCAGGCCUUACCUGCACCUUCGCACUGUUCCUAUAAUUUGGUGGGCAAUAACUGGACUAUCGGAGAGCAGGUGGAGCGUUGAUAGGGAUGAUUUCAGGCGCGCUCAAAGGGCAGACCACGGAGACGGGGCUCUUCCGCGGCGCGGGGAUCGGGGCGGUCGCCGGCGCGGUCCUCUCCGUAGAGGUGCUGGAGUCUUGCCUCCAAGGAGAGCUGUCAUCCAAGGUGGCUAUAUUUGGCAGCCUACUAAAUGGGAAGAUAUUUCAAGAGUGGGUGAGCCCAGCAAUGCUCAAAGCAUACCAGUGGCAAAUUAAUGCAAUUGAAGCUAAUAAUUGGGAGGCUGCCGAUCUGUUCGAUGUCAGUAGAAGCAUAGGUUUGCUGCCGCAUAUCAUCAAGAGGCUUCCUGAGUUUGUGAUCAAAAGUAAUGACAGUAUCAAUUCAUGCGGAGAGUUGAUCUCUUGUGCUGUUUGCCUGCAGGAUUUCAAGAAUGGAGAGAGUGCAAGAAGAUUACCCUUUUGCAGGCAUUUCUUUCACGCACUCUGCAUUGAUGGGUGGCUAGCGAGACAUGGCUCUUGCCCUAUUUGCAGGCAGGAUGUGUAGGAUCUCCAAUUUAGUUCUUACAAUUGGAAAAAAGUAUUCCAAGUUUGAUGCUAAACCACCUCUAGCAAUCAAGAUUCUCAAAUUUGCAGAUUCAUGAACGAUAAACCAUGGCUAUAGUUAUCCUAACAUCCAAUUCUUGCA